CGGAAGGACUCGGGGAGGGCCGCGCAGUCGGACCGGCUGCUGAGACGAACGCUUCACUGGGGCAGUCUCCGCAUAUCAUGGGGAGAUAGACGCUGCUGCCUGUGAGUCUUGGGCCCUGGCAGUUGAGAAAGAAGAGCGGGAGGAGGGAGUCAGGACCUGGGCUCACAAUGGGUCAGCAUUUGAACAACCAGGUUGUGGAGGAGACGGGGCUUUGAGGCUCUUGGGACGGGACUGAGGGGAUCGGGGCUCCGAGAAGACGCGGCUGUGGGGACCCGGACAGGAGUUAGCGAACCGGGAUGGAUGUGAGUUCCCCGGCACCUGAGGGAAGCGAUCUGAGAGGGACAGGAUGUGAGGACCCGCGCUCCUAAGAGCAGAGGGUCUGAACAGAAAGGGGCGUGAAGAGACUUGACUCUUGAGAGUUGAUUGGCCUUGGUCCUCACAGCUCCAAAAAGAAGCAGGAUCUUGAUAAGCUCUAUGAGUUGAAAUCCAAAGCUCGACAGAUUAUGAACCAGUUUGGCCCCUCAGCCCUAAUCAACCUCUCCAAUUUCUCAUCUAUAAAACCGGAACCAGCCAGCACCCCUCCACAAGGCUCCAUGGCCAAUAGCACUACAGUGGUGAAGAUACCAGGAACUCCUGGCACAGGAGGUCGACUAAGCCCUGAAAACAAUCAGGUAUUAACAAAAAAGAAAUUGCAAGACUUAGUAAGAGAAGUGGAUCCUAAUGAGCAGUUGGAUGAAGAUGUGGAAGAGAUGCUGCUGCAGAUUGCUGAUGAUUUUAUUGAGAGUGUGGUGACAGCAGCCUGCCAGCUUGCCAGGCAUCGCAAGUCCAGCACCCUAGAAGUGAAAGAUGUCCAGCUGCAUCUAGAGCGCCAGUGGAACAUGUGGAUCCCAGGAUUUGGCUCUGAAGAAAUCCGACCCUACAAAAAAGCUUGCACCACAGAAGCUCACAAACAGAGAAUGGCAUUGAUCCGGAAAACAACCAAGAAAUAACACAUGGAAAGGUCAGGGAAUGGACAACAAUGCAUUUGGAGAUACUUGAGCUCAGGCCUCAACCAUCUCAUCCAUGGAAUUUUUUUUUUAAUGCUUUACAGAGAAGCAUAUAUUUUUUAUUAACAGUGCAGCAAUAUCUAUAAUGACUGAGAGGAUCUGCCAAAAGAAUAAAGCCUCCUAUCCUGACUUCCAGUCCCCCUUCCCUGCCAUCUCAGAGAGGAGCAGUGCAUCUUCCAGAGAAGAUUUUAUUUGUGGUUUAUUAUAUAAGUGAUUGGAUAUGGGACAAAGCAUUAUGGUCUUGUUUGGUGAGACAGUAUUAGCAGGACAUGUAGAGAUUUUUGUUUCCUUCUCCCCACGUCUUUCCCCUUACUUUGUAAUGUCAGUGUUUAUACGAAUAUGACUUUCAUUUGCUUUUACAGAAUAAAGAAAUUAUUAAUCGAAA